AAAGAAGGAAGGUGGGUGUCUCGACCCGUCAUAACCCUAGGCAUCUUCUAUUGUAGCUCGCUCUAUCUCAUAGCAAUCUCUCUCUGGUAGUCAUAGCUUCUGCGGCCAAGGUCUCGGGCUCCGAUCUGCUCAGCACGGAUUCCUAUUACACCAUGGGCUCCAGGAAGGGUGACAAUCCUCACUCCGGCGAUGGUGCCAGUCCUGGCAAAAUCUUCAUUGGAGGGUUAGCUAGAGAUACAACACUCGAACAAUUUGUCAAGUAUUUUGAGAAGUAUGGGGAGAUAACAGACUCGGUGAUAAUGAAAGAUCGGCAUACGGGUCGACCCAGGGGUUUUGGUUUCAUUACCUACGCAGAUCCUUCUGUUGUUGACCGCGUUAUUCUGGAGAACCAUGUGAUCAAUGGCAAACAGGUGGAGAUCAAAAGGACAAUUCCAAAGGGCUCAUCACAGGCUAAUGAUUUUAAAACCAAGAAGAUAUUUGUCGGUGGUAUCCCAACCUCAGUAAGCGAAGAUGAAUUGAAGAACUUCUUUUCAAAGUAUGGAAAGGUUGUGGAGCAUGAGAUUAUUCGUGAUCAUACUACUAAACGCUCUCGAGGAUUUGGAUUUAUAGUGUUUGACGGUGAAAAAAUUGUUGAUAAUUUGCUAGCAAAUGGAAACAUGAUUGAUAUGGCUGGUACUCAGGUUGAGAUCAAGAAGGCUGAACCCAAGAAAGCCUCAAACCCAGCAUCUUUUCCUCCAUUUGGUAGUGAUAGGGCACGUCCAUACAGUGAUGGUUAUGGUGGAUUUGGCGAAUCCUAUAGCAGUUUUGGCAGUGGCAGUUUUGGUCCUGCUUCUUAUAGGUCACUUGGAGGUUUCAGCAGCAGGCUUGGUGAUUAUGGUGGGUAUGGUGGUGAUGAAUUUGGUGAUAGUUUUGGAGGCUAUGGUGGUGGUGGUGGUUAUGCUGGCUAUCGAGGUGAUUCAUCAUUUGGCUAUUCUAGCCGCUAUGGUUCCUAUAUGGGGGGCCUUGGUGGUGGAUAUGGUGGAAGUGGACUAGGUGCAUACGGGCGAGGCACUGGGGGCUUUGCAAGCUAUGGUGGACCUGGUUCUGGUGGGGGUUAUGACUCUGGCCCGGGUGCCGGCUAUGGUGGGCCAGGGGCACUGUAUGGUAGUAGAGGAGGUUAUGGAGGCAGUAGUCGUUACCACCCUUAUGCAAGAUAGAUUUAUGCCUAAGCUUUGCCAUAGAAGUUCCGUGCAGGUUUAAGCAUCACAUUUCAUAGGCACAGGGCACUUAAUGCAGGUGACCACUAUCUAGAAGUCAGAUGAACCGUUAGCAAGUCUGUAUUGCAUUAUUGCGUAGACAGCUGAAGGUAGAAUCUCAUCAAUCUAGUGCAGAAUCUCAUCAAUCUAGAGCACUACAUUCGCAAUCAGCUGUGUUUCUAGUUAGCCAUAUCUCUGUUUUUUUUUUCCUUUUGAUAAUCAGAUUGUUGCAAUUUAGAUUGUCAUAUUUCUAGAUAUGAUCUUUAGUUAGAAUCACAGUGGAGUUGUGUGAAUCAUGAUCUUUCUGAGUUUUGCUUGGUAAGCCUGUGUUAAAGAUGAUGACAUCCGUUGUAGGAUUCUGUUCCCUAUUAUUUAGUUUCAUGUUUAGAUGUAUAUUGUUUAUGAUAGUUUUCAAUUAGCGUCAGCAGGUUAUUGAAGUCACAUGGUGACUUGAAGGGUUGGUUCCCUGCUGAGGUAUCCGUUGUUAGAUAUAGUAAUUGGAAUCACAGAAAGGAUUGGACUA